GAGCCGGUGCACACCCGCUUCCCGGGCCAUCUGGAGCGAGCCUGUCCCGGCCCGGGCCCUCGUCUGCUUCCCUCCAGGAAGCUCCCUCCAGAACUUACUGCUCCGCAGCCACAUGGUCUGCACGCGCACGCACACGCGCGCACACACACACACACACACACACACACACACACUCUCUCGAGCACGCAGAGGGCAGGGGCUCUGCAGGAGCCGGGAGGCGCCGGCGAGCGUGGAUGGAGGCUCCGGGGAGCCCGGAGAACUUUCCCCAGAGGAGGCGCUCCCCAGAGCGCUCGGAGGCUCCGGCGAAGCCGCGCUGGCCGGCCGGGGAGCAGCCUCUCUGGGGACGCCGGUCCCCUGGCAGGCGGGCAAGGCGCCGGGGACAGCCCUGCCCGCCGCGCUGGGAGGCGGAGAGGAAGCCGGGAGAACCCCGCGCCGCCCCUCCCCGGCUAGGCUGCUGCAGGAGCACAGGCUCCCGUUGGGUCCUAACGUCCACCGGCCACGCGGUAGGCUCUCCCCGCCCUCCGCCUGCCCUGACUAGGUCAGCGGGUGCAGCGCUAAGCCUGCCGGGGAGACGGUGGGCCCUGGGCCGAGGACCAAAUAGGACCCCGGAAGGAUCCCCGGGCUCGGACGCAACCUAUGAAGGACUCGGGCUGAAGACAGGACGCGACAGAGACAUUGCUUCCCGCCUGAGGGCUGCAGAGAGAGUGGGGCUGGGGCCAGAGGUGAGGCUGAGGUCUUCCCACCUCCACGCCUGCGGACCCCUUUCGGCCCUGAGCAUCCAGGCACAGGAACUCUCCUUUGUCCUUGUCCUCAGACUACAGCGGUCCACCUGCUCGCCCCACUGUUCGGUACCCAGGAGGACAUGGGGGGGCUUGAUUUUAUCAAGGGAGGAGGGCAGGAUGACUUAGAUGGUGCCAGAAGUGGGAGUCCUGUCUCCUUAGGCUGAGGCAAGUAUGUUUGCUGUGUGUAGGGUAUGCAGAUAUACAGCUGAGGCUCCCAGCAGAUGCGCUAAGGGACAAGGGAGACAACCGGAAAAGGCUCUGGAUUACAUCCAUAACUAGUUUGUUUUGGUUUGUUUUUCUUCCAGUACCAGGAAUCGAACUCACGACCUUGCACUUGCCAGGCAGGCACUUUGCCGCUGAGCUAAAUCCCCAGCCCCUACAUCCAUAACUAGAAAUGGCCAGGCCUGUUGUAAUCCUGGCACUCGAGGAGGCUGAGGCAGGAGGAUAACAAGUUUGUGGCCAGCCUGGACCAAUAGCAAGACC